GCUCCCAUGCACGCCCGGGGGGCGCAGCGCCUCCACAGCGCCGGGCUGCUCUUCGGUGCCUUCCUCUGGCUCGCUAGGGGAGCGAUAGCGCUCACGCACGCCCCGAUCGGCGCCGCCGCCGCCAGACGGGCGCAGCGGGCGAGGUGCGCCGCAGUCGAGGGCGGCGGCGGGCAGCUGCUGCGCGCGCCCACAGGCUGGGCGCCGCGGAGGGGAGGCGGCGCGCGGAUGCCGUUCGGCGCGCCAAAGGUGGCGUACAAGGUGCCCGAGACGACGAGCGACGACUGGGUGCAGGCCAACGAGCCGCUCUACCGCGAGCGGCUCGUCUUCCUGGGGCAGGAGAUCGACGACUACGUGUGCAACCAGUGCAUCUCGUCGCUGCUGUUUGCCGAUGCCGAGGACAGCAGCGAGCCACUCUUCCUCUACAUCAACUCGCCCGGAGGGUCGGUGAUCGCGGGGCUCGCGCUGUACGACACGAUGCAGCACAUCGACUCGGACGUGCUCACCUGCAAUAUCGGGAUGGCCGCAUCGAUGGCGUCCUUCAUCCUGGGCGCGGGCGAGCGGGGCAAGCGGACGGCGCUUCCGAGCUCGCGCGUGAUGGUGCACCAGCCGAUGGGGGGGUCCGAGGGGCAGGCGGAGGACGUCCGUGUGGAGGCGGAGCAGAUCAUCAAGAUCAAAGGCACGCUGGUCACCAUGUACUCGCACAUGACGGGGCGCACGCGCGAGCAAAUCGUGGCCGACUUCGAGGGCGGAGACAAUUACAUGUCGGCGGAGCAGGCGCUCGAGUACGGCCUCAUCGACCGCAUCAUCGGCCCUACGCACGACUGACUCCGCGGGAGGACACGCAUCGUCCACGCCGUGCAGCCCUCAGCUCUUGCCUCUCCCUUCGGCUAGGCUUGGCCAGUCGGAGUCGCCCCACAGGCCUCUGCUGAGAAGCUGAUUCAAAACUGGCAACUGGAACUGCUCUCUGCUGUCGUACCUGUGGUGCACUUUACUGCUUAGCGACCUGAGCGGGCGGCGCGUUACGCUGCGUGUCUCGGCACUAUUCGCGCGGACGUCCAAAAACAAACAAUCUUCUUCC